AUGGAUCUUCUCAAUUCUAAAACCACGAUCGUAACAAGCGCCAGGAGAAGCAAGCAACGACGACGUGGUAAUGAUUCCGCACCUCCUGGAGCAAGUUAUCGCAAGCUCCUCCUCUCAGACUUCCAAGCAAGGCGUCGUAACCCCAUGUCUUUCGACCGAGGAAACAACGACGAGAUGCUAGACACCCCAGUCUUUCUUUCUAUAUAUCGACGGCCUGCACAGUGGUCACGUUUCGUUGACUCUUCCCCAGACUUGCCGCAAAUAAAUGAGCAACAUUCUCUUGACCAUGACCACCGCAGCACAGCACAAGAUCGAUCGAUAAAUGCUGGUCAACUGCUCAUACACAACCAGCAUCAAUCACACUUCUUUACCGAGGAUUGUCUGCCUCCAACAAGCACAAGGCCAAGACGGCUGAUCAAAUCAACAAUUAUCUCUGCUCAGAGGCUACAACUCAACAUAGAACAAAUCGCCGUUGGAUUUGUGCACAAUCAGGUCGUCUUCCUGGCGAAGUACAAAGUCAGCCACUGGUCUUACACGCUUGAGGACCUGUGCUUUAUCAUUCAGUGGUACAAUGCCUUGUGGCAACGAACUGGCGGCACUUUUUACCGGUGA